AUAAUGUCCUCUCCGUCACGAGAUAUCAACGAUUUGUUUGAUGAUAUAGUACUUACCGAAGAGAAUCACGCUCGUCUUGGCUACGAAGAAGGCUUGAAGGACGGUAAUUCGCAGGGAAACGAGGAGGGCUAUAAAUUGGGCUACUCGCAGGGCGUUCAGUUGGGCGAGGAACUUGGCAGAAUACUGGGUGAGGUUGUGGCUCAGCAACAAUUCCCCCAUACGGAGAGGGUGCGACGAACCCUUGACCAGUUGCGGUCCCUCAUUGAAGGAUUUCCCCGGAAGAACGAGCCGGAAGCGGACAUUAUCGGAGCCGUAGAAACCAUCCGCAAUACUAAUCGGCGCCUUCGUGCCCUCUUGGGUACCAAAGGAACAGCUUCUCCCGAACCAUCCCCUGCUAAUCGCAAGGAUUAUAGUUUCUAGCGUAAUGGCCAAAGGUGUA